CUUGAACCACACGUGUAGGUAAAAAACAGAAGUUAAAAUGAAAACACCGAAAGCCAAAGAAUCGACAAAAGCUGAGUUAAAGCCGGUAAAGCAAGAGCCUGGCGUUGCGGAGGAGGGUAAAGUGGUCAAAAAGGCGAAAAACAAGCCCCAAAAAAAGGCUGUCAAACUGCCAAAAGAGGAGGUAACUGCCGCGGUUCAGGAGAGUCCCAAGAAGCUAUCAGCUAAAGACCUGGCCAAAAUCGAGAAAAAGAAGGCCAAGAAGCAGGCACAAAAGCUGAAAAAGCAGCAGAACAAACUGUCAGCCAAGGAUAAGAAGGAACCUGAAACCACAAGUAAAGUCGAGGAAAAGGCCAUCAAAAAAGAGAAAAAACAAGAGGAAACUAAACCGGCCUCCAAAGAAAAACCCAAGAGUAAAGCAAAGGCCAACAACAAAAAAGAAGAUGGAGUCAAGCGGGAACGCAAUCCCGCUGACGAAGCAGCCACCGUAUUUGUGGGUAACUUGCCCAUAAACACCAAGCGCGUCCAGCUCGUCAAGCUAUUCCAGCAAUACGGAGUAGUGCAAUCCAUUCGGUUGCGAACCGCCGGUGGCAAGCAGCUCUUUAAGCACAAACAGCGCAAGGGAGCCGGCUCCCUUAACGCCUAUGUAGUGCUCCAAAACUCGGAGAUUGCCCAACAGGCACUGGCUCUAAAUGGCACCGAGUUUAAGGAACAUCACUUGCGAGUGACACCCGCUGCCAAGGCAGAAGCGUAUGCCAAGGGACAGGAUCAACAGCCCAAUGAUGCGGAUGCCAAGCGAACCAUUUUCGUAGGCAGCCUCAAAUACUCGGCCAACGAGGAGAAACUGCGCGAGAUAUUCUCCAGCUGCGGUGAGAUUGACUACAUUCGCUGCCUCCAGGAUGGUGACAAAGGAUGCAAGGGCGUGGCCUAUGUGUGCUUCCAAAAACCCGAUGCCGUAGGCCUAGCUUUGGAGCUGAAUCAAACCCUUCUCGACGACAGACCCAUCAACGUGGAACGCUAUCAGGUUAAAAAGCUGGGCGCGAAGCAAAUACGAGACGCUGCCGCCGCCUCUGCUGCAUCAAGCGUUUCUUCAAAGGCUAAGGCCAAAAAACAGAACUCAACGGGUGCCAAAAAGCGACUGGACAAGAAGAAGGGCAAGGAGAACGGUACACCGGCAAAGCAAGCAGCAACUGGAGGUCAGAAGAAGAAGUCCGAGUACCGUGGCGUAAAAGUCGAUGGUAUCAAGAAGGCCAAAAAGCCAAAAAAGAAGAGCAACGACCAACAAACUGCUUUGGCCAAGAAAAUAGCCCCCAAGCCGAAGAGUUAAUUUAAAUGUAGUUUAGUUCUAGGGCUUAAAAUAAGUUGCAAUCAAAUCGAAAAAGAUUCAUUUGAUUUUGUUUUACGAAGUUGACCACCGGCUUUGUUUCCGUAAAGCAUAUAAUCAUUGGAUGUUGACGGAGUAAUCGCUUAAUCUUUAAAGAUUACUAGAUAACUUUUUUAAGAUUAAAAUAAAAGUGAAUUUUUUAAAA